AGGGCAGCGGGGCUGGGCGGCUCCAAGUUGGGACGAUUUACGGAGCUUUCUAUCGCCGGAUAGUCGACGACCACACGGACAUGUACACGGCUAAUAUGCGCAGAAACAUCUCCUCGGGUCCUUCAGCGGAGUAAGGAGGACAUUCGCGUCAACCACUUUCACUCUUGUACGAGAAGUUUGACGUAUUUCGCGACAGGUCUGUGGCUUCAACUAAAGAAACAAAAACACCCUCCCUUUUCCGAACCGAGGAUGAUUUUUGCCAACACUGGAAACCCACUGAGGACUCCAUAUCGCAAACAGCCACCGGUUGUCCCAUCGUCACACCCCAUGGCUCCACCCAGCCCGAGCACCAACAGCAGCACCAACAACAGCAGCAGCAGCAGCACUGCAGGCUGGGACCAGCUCAGCAAGACAAACCUCUACAUCCGAGGCCUGUCCCCCUCAACCACAGAUCAUGACCUGGUCAAGCUCUGUCAGCCGUAUGGUAAAAUUGUAUCAACAAAGGCUAUCCUGGACAAGACCACAAACAAAUGUAAAGGAUAUGGCUUUGUGGACUUUGACAGCCCCACUGCAGCCCAGAAAGCUGUGGCUGCCCUGAAGACGACUGGUGUCCAGGCUCAGAUGGCAAAGCAACAAGAACAAGACCCCACCAACUUGUAUAUCUCCAACCUGCCUUUGUCUAUGGACGAGCAGGAGCUAGAGAACAUGUUGAAGCACUUCGGCCAGGUCAUAUCCACACGCAUCCUGAGAGACUCCAGUGGAGCCAGCAGAGGAGUGGGCUUUGCCAGGAUGGAGUCAACUGAAAAGUGCGAUGCAGUCAUUUCUCACUUCAAUGGAAAGUUUAUUAAGACAGCCCCAGGUUUUCCAGUACCCUCUGAACCCUUGCUGUGCAAGUUUGCUGAUGGUGGGCAGAAAAAGAGAAGUCAGAAUAAAUUUGCACAGAAUUGUCGGGGCUGGGCGAGAGACAGUGACUCAAGACUGGCUGGAAUGACACUCACUUACGAUCCCAGUGCAGCUGCUAUGCAGAAUGGAUUUUUCCCACCUGCAUACAGUAUUUCAAACAGGAUGAUUGCUCAGACGUCCAUGUCUCCUUACAUGUCUCCAGUUUCAACAUACCAGGUGCAGAAUCCAUCCUGGGUGCCUCAUCAACAGUACAUCAUGCAGCACCCAGGUACAGUGAUAUCGCCCUCUAUGGACCCAUCUAUGUCACUGCAGCCUACUUCCAUGAUGGCCCCCCUUGCGCAGCAGAUGAGUCACCUCUCUCUGGGUAACGCAGGAACGUUUAUGGCUGCCAACACAGCUAUGCAAGGAGCAUACAUCCCACAGUAUGCACACAUGCAGACAGCCACUGUUCCUGUGGAGGAAAAUGGUGGACAGUCACAAGUGGACUCCUCCAGAAAUCACUCCCCAUAUCCAUACCAACAAACCAAGUAGCGCUGAGGUAACGUUCGGACAACAGCUGAAGCAAUCACGUCUACAAAUGCAAUGGGGGAGCUGAGGAUCUUUUCACUGUUUUGCACAGGUUCUGCAAACGUUUAAGUGAGACUAUUUUUUGGGAUCCUUUUCAGAGUUAAUCAAAUGAUUCAAAUUAUAUUUAAAAUAAAAAAAACAAGUUUUGAAAAUGUUUUAUUUUGAUACUACAAUGUUUAUUGUUUACCAAGGAUUGCUGCAGGAGACAAGAAAAGACAAGUUGUUUCAAGUGCAUGAUAGUUCAUAUGUCAUUUGUUCAUAUUUCCAGAUUUUUUUUUCAGACAAUUUCUUUUGAAGCCAGACAUUUUGAAAAUGAUGUUUUUGUGCUUGCUGUGUGAGUGUUGCUAUGGUGAAGUAUUAAUUGUUGUUGUUUUUUUGUAAAGUGAUUUCUCUUUAGAACUUUGGAAUUGAUCUUGCUGUCUGAUUACAAUUUGCCUUAAUAGUUUUGAUACAGUAGUUGUACAGACCACCAUGGAGAGGGGAUGAUACACAAAACAUUUGAACCGGCCAUAGACGACAUAAAGAAAUAAUAAAAACUCACAGAACUGAUAGAAACUUUAUUGUAGAGAAAGAAAUAUUUUGAAUGAAAUGACUCCACAUCGGAUGCUUUUAUUGGAUGUAAUAUUUAUUCAGUAAGAAUGCCCUUCAUGUGUCUGGAUGUCAGAUGAGGACAUUCUUCUGAAAGAUCACCAUUUUUUGAACCUUGCCUUUUUGAAUACUUGGUAUUGCAGAGUAGCUGAAAUGGAUCUUGGUGGGGUUGGGGGAGGGAUGACAGGGGACUAUUUUGUUUUGUUUGUCGGUCUAUGCUUUUGUCUUUUUCGGAUUGAUAUUAAUUGUGAUUUUUUUUUAUGAGGUGUGUCUUUUUCACUUUUAUUUGGAAAAACAAACAAACAGGAAAACACAGAUGAUUGUGCAAAAAAAAAAAAAACUCAUCGGAGCCUUGUAUUAGAACAGAGUCGAGGGG